AUGGCUUACUCCAGCGGCAACAACACAACCGGAGCAUACGGCGUUCCGGCAACGGUCCUCGAUCAAUACAUGGACAGCUACGAGGUGGACUAUGGCGUUCUCCCGGAGGAAAUCCCGGACACGUCGCAAGGACAGGCUUUCUACGUGGCCACCAUCGUGAUCGGAGUGGUGCUGGUGUGCAUCAUGCUGGUUUGCGGACUGGGGAAUUUCCUCUUCAUCGCCACGUUGACGCGGUACAAGAAGCUGAGAAACUUGACCAACUUGCUGAUCGCCAACCUGGCCAUCUCGGACUUCCUGGUGGCGGUGGUGUGCUGCCCCUUCCUGGUGGAUUACUAUGUGGUGAAGAAGCUCUCCUGGGCGCAUGGGCUGAUCAUGUGCGCGUCGGUCAACUAUUUGCGGACGGUGUCGCUGUACGUGUCCACGAACGCGCUGCUGGCCAUUGCUGUGGACAGGUACAUGGCUAUAGUCCAUCCACUGCGGCCGCGCAUGAAGUACCAAACGGCCUACCUGGUCAUCACCGGAGUCUGGAUCAUCCCUGUCUUGAUCUCCGCCCCUUCCGCUUACUUCGCCUCAGCACAUACUUACACCACAUCCCCCACCAACCCCAAAGUCUUCUGCGCUCAGAUCUGGCCGGUGGAGAAGCAGGUCUACUACCGCUCUUACUUCAUGUUCAUUUUUGCCGUGGAGUUCAUCGGCCCCGUGAUCGUCAUGACCUUGUGCUACGCUAGGAUAUCUCGCGAGCUGUGGUUCAAGAGCGUCCCGGGUUUCCCGACGGAGCAGAUCCGGAAGAGGCUGCGAUGUCGUCGGAAAACCGUCAUGGUCCUCAUCGCCAUCCUCACCCUGUACAUCCUGUGUUGGGCGCCGUACUACGCCUACACCAUAGUGCGCGAUUUCCACCCGAACUUCAUCACGCGGCAGAAGAACUCGCUGGUGGCCUGGUACAUCAUCGAAUGCAUCGCCAUGAGCAACAGCAUGAUCAACACAUUCUGUUUCGUCAGCGUCAAAAACAACACGGUCAAGUAUCUGAAGAAGAUCGUGCUGAUCCGUUGGAGGUCCACCUACGCUCCCAACAAAACCGUGGACGAGAUGGAUAUGAGGACAUUUUCCGUGCCAAUCACAGAGGAAAUUGAGUGCAUCCACUUAAGGUGA